UACAAAUCUAUUACAUUUAUUGAGCUGUUACUUCAAUGGGGUCAGAGCAUGAAGAAGUGAUAGCUGGAGGAAUGAGCAUGCAACGAAUAGUCAUGACACUUGCAUUCACUGUCAUGAGCAUCAUCUCUGUGGCAGGAAAUUUCCACAUCAUCUACUCAAUAUCAUCUGUGAGAAAACUACAAACAGUUGCCAACAGUUUCCUCUUCAGUCUGGCAAUUGCUGACUUCAUCGUUGGAGCAGUAGUGAUACCGACCACUAUUAUCACCACUAUUGCGGACAAGUGGCUUGCAGGGGACGUGGUAUGUGACCUGAGCGCGUUUGUUGACAAUGUCACUCUGACUAUGAGCAUGUGGAGUCUGGGACUCUUAUCUAUUGAGAGAUUCUUUCUCAUGGUCUUCCCAUUCCGAUACCACACCUUCAUUUCUACCAAAACUGCUACUUGGUUGAUAUGGGUGUCGUGGUUUGUGGUGGCUAUUAUCUGCCUGUGUCCAAUGCUAGGUUGGGGGGAGUACGGUUAUACUGACACCUACUCUUGUGGGCUUGUUCCUGUUAAUACCACGAGCGUUGGCAGCUACUACUUUCCAUUUUUCUGCGUCUCCGCUUUCCUGCCGCCCAUCACAGUUGGAACCUGCAGCUACAUGGCUAUCCUGUGCGUGCUGCACGAACAGCGUGCUCCCAAGGUGUACUCCGUGGGAGCUGAGAAUGAGAGGGUAAAGAGGACUGAUAUGGAGAAACAGGAGAACAUUGUAGCUUGUCUCUCUGUGUUUAUUUGUUUGUUGAUGAUGAUCGCGUUUAAUCUCCCGACUGUAGUUAUAGGACUGUGCUAUUGGGCACAAAUGCAGAUUACUCUUCCUGGAGAACUCAUGCUCUUCUUCCAUAUUGUUUGGUACGCUAAGUCAGCUGCUAACCCACUUGUGUUUGGACUGCUAAACAAGAACUUUAGGCUCGAAAUUAAGAAGUACAGGCUUUUCCGACUGUGCUUUGGUAAAAAUGGGGCCGCAGAGCAAGACACUAGAUCUUCUAUGAACACACGAUGGCCUAAAUCAGGGAAUAACUUGUAGUAGAGAUCUACAAUCCUUAGAGGGCAGUUGCAGUGAUCCUUCAUUCAUACUGAGUUUUUAUUUUACGCCGUUUUAAAUACAUAAUGCGAAUAGCUCCAUCAAUCAAUGCUAUCAACAAUUUCAAGUGUUAGUUGUUUGAAUAUAACAUAAUAGUAUAUGAAUAUAACUUUACAACAAUGUUUAAAGAUGAAAGGACAAUAAAUUGUUAUGCCGCGCCCGCCCUUUUGGUCUGCAAACCAAACGGGUAAUUAAUUAACGUUGAAAUGUUAAAGUUAUGUUAAUUUUUAUACGUUAUGUAAGUUUAAAAUGUUGCAUGUAAAAUAAUCCAAAUUGACUGUACAAUAAGAUGAUAUUUUUAUUUGAAGAGAUAGUUUAAUUAGUGAAUCCUAGCCAGGACCCUUCUGUAGUUUUUGUUUAUUUUACAAGUUUUAGCUAUU